AUCACUGAUCCAACCGACGGCCGUUUGUAAUUUAGCGGCAAUUAUUGGAAUCGGAAAAUAGAAAAACAGUCGGACGUCGCGCAUUAGAUAUCUUACAACCGAUUUUUUUAAACGUGGCCAGUCUUCAGAAAUCUAACGAGCGCAUUGGAUAGUGGCUAACGAGCGGAAUCAGUCGCGGUACGGCUCCAAUCGUGGAGAAUCAUUAUAAAAUCAACGUCGGGAUCCAUUUCAAAUAUUUGAAUUUCUUGGUGGUUUUCGGGAAGCAACAUCGACCGUCCAGAUGCAUACUCCCGGUGCGAACGUUGCAGGCUACGUGAGCUUGUUCGGGGUACAAAUUGUUUUACUUAUUAUCUACUGGAUUUACGUGCGAUACGAUGAUGAACUUUUACCACAAGAUUCAGAAGAAAGUUCCGGCGAUGCUACCUCUCAAGACGAAGGAUUAGAGGAAAAACACGUUCCGAGCUACCCGCAUUUCCAAGACAUUCAUGUCAUGAUAUUCGUCGGAUUCGGUUUUCUCAUGACAUUCCUCCGAAAAUAUGGAUACAGUGCGACUGGGUUCACCCUCUUCCUUGCAGCCAUAGUCAUUCAGUGGGCGAUUCUCUUCAAAGGAUUCCUGCACAUGGAGCAUGGAAUUAUUAAAGUCAGUCUAGACAGUUUGAUUGAUGGCGACAUCAGCGCAGCUGUACCACUGAUCAGUAUGGGAGCGCUCCUAGGACGUACCACUCCUAUCCAAUUGCUUUUCAUGGGACUCGUAGAAAUUGCCAUUUUCGCUCUUAACGAGUAUGUCCAGCUGGAUAUGUUACGGGUUACAGAUGUUGGCGGUUCGAUUACGGUGCAUGCAUUCGGUGCAUAUUUCGGUCUUGCCGUCAGUUGCAUCCUGCGACCCAGCAAGGAUGAUAGCGCCGCCGGUCAACAUGAGGGUCCUUCGUACACAUCAGACAUGUUUGCAAUGAUCGGAACACUAUUCCUUUGGCUAUUCUGGCCUAGUUUCAAUUCAGCCCUGGUUGAUGGUGCGGAUCAAGAACGAGCAAUUGUGAAUACAUACCUGGCACUGGCCGCUGCAACAGUCACUACAUUUGUUCUAUCAGCACUUGUCAGCCAUGGUAACAAAUUAGACAUGGUACACGUACAGAACUCCACUUUGGCCGGAGGUGUUGCUGUUGGAUCCGUUUGUAAUUUACUUAUUGGGCCACACGGUGCUAUACUCAUUGGUAUCGUCGCCGGUGCAGUUUCAGUCCUGGGAUAUCGAUACCUUACGCCACUCAUUACCGAAAAGCUUCGUAUACACGAUACGUGCGGUGUGCAUAAUUUACAUGGAAUGCCUGCAAUUAUUUCAGCCAUAUUCUCGGCAAUUUAUGCAUGUCUGGCUACAAAGGAGAAUUAUAAAGGAACACUAGAGCAUAUCUUCCCGGCCAUGAUGAAUUCAACAUUACAUAGUAACAGUACUGAAAUCGUUCUCGGGGGUUACGGCCGAACUUCAAUGCAACAAGGUGGAUAUCAACUUUUGAGUAUAGUCCUAACGAUUGUGGUUGCCGUGAUAGGUGGAGCAGUAACAGGUGUAGUCCUCCGAGCACCGAGUGUGAGAAAACUCUCUAAGGAUCAAUUGCACGAUGACGAGGCCUACUGGGAAGUUCCUGGCGAGAAGGAGCAAUAGUAAAUAGAAAUUACUCUAUUUAACGAGAAAUUGUUUAAACAACAUUUGAAUGAUUUCAUGCCUACCGAAGUAUAAUAUGUAAGGUAAUAGUGAACAACGCGUCACGCUUUAUUCAUAAUGGAAUUCGUAAAUCUCAUGCUAUGUCACAACGAAUUAAUAAUAGAUUUUAAAUUCACAAUUAUGUUACUCUUUUUGGUAUAUAACAGCACCAAUGUUGCCUACUUGAGUGCGAACUGUACUCUCAAUAAAUGCUCAAGAGGGUAAA